GAGAGAGAAGAAGAAGAUAUCGCUUCAUCCCUUAUAUUCAUGAUUCAUUCGUACUUCCAUUAAGAUAUCGGGGUUAUUGAGUUGCUCAGCACACUGCCCCUGAAAUGUCUGGGCGUUUGUACGCCAGCAUCCUCCAAAGAGCUUCAAGCUACACACAGACACUUUCUUCCAGUGCCCAACUCCAGUAUUCCCAUCUGGUAGUAUCUCACCCUUUUCAACUGCGACCAGCCCAGCAUUGUCACUUCUCAUCCUGGGGAACCACCAGAACAGACCAGAGGUGCUGCAGGGGUGAGGAGUCAGGAACUCGAUCUCAAAGCGGACGACAUCUCUCAACUCGCCAGGAUCUAGACUUCCAACUCGGCCAAGUUCAGAUCAACAGCAUUCUGCGAUCUAAUGAGCAGUCUGUGAGUGUGCCAGAGUUUGAUGGCAGGGGACUCAGUGCUGUGAGAAAGUUUGAGAGCAACCAACUAGCUGCCAACACUCCUAAUGAGGAUCGUCGUAGUGCAGCCACCUGCCUACAGUCAAAGGGCAUGCUCUUUGGAGUGUUUGACGGACAUGGGGGCUGGGCGUGUGCCCAGGCUGUUAGUGAGCGGUUACUGUACUACACUGCAAUUGCAAUGAUGCCAAAGCAGGGCCUGGAGGAGCUUGAGAUGUGCAUGGAGCAUGGCAGACCUGUUCCUCCCAUCUUGCAGUGGUACAAACACCAUGCAGACUUUAACUAUCGGGACUCUGCUUCACUCUACAUUGACCACCUCAGAGUCUUCUGGCAGGAUUUACUGGACAGUGAGGAACAUGACGAAGGCAUGUGUCCUCCGGAUGCCCUGGACCGUGCUUUUAAACGGCUUGAUGCUGAUAUCUCCUUGGAGGCUCAAGUCCCCCUUUCCAAUGACCUGAUGAAAAGCACAGCCAUCCAGGUUGCGUUUGCCGGUUGCACAGCCUGUGUGGCUCAUAUUGGCACAGAUGGGAUCCAUAUGGCCAAUGCUGGCGACUGCCGAGCGGUGCUGGGGGUGCAGGAGGAGGACGGCUCUUGGAGUGCUCUGCCCCUUUCCAAGGAUCACAACACACUGAACCAGGCUGAGGUGGAGCGGAUCAUAGCCCAGCACCCACCCUCAGAGAGAGACACAGUGAUCACAGACGAGAGACUUCUUGGGGUUUUGAUGCCAUUGCGUGCGUUUGGAGAUGUGAGAUUCAAGUGGAGCCGUGAAUUGCAGCAGAGCAUUUUAAACAGCCUGGAAUCUGGAGUGGACCUCGACUCUCUUAACCUGUAUCACUACACUCUGCCUAACUAUCUUACUCCACCCUACCUUGACGUGGCACCAGAUAUAACGUAUCACAAGCUGAGACCUAAAGACCGCUUUCUGAUCCUCGGCACUGAUGGGUUGUGGGAUGAAUUAAGGAGUGAGGAUGCUGUACGACUUGUUGGAGAGCACCUUAGUGGGAUUCACCUACAGGCUCCAGUAUCACCAUCUGAGAAGCAGCUGAAACUGGGUCAGAUGCAUGAAGUCUUGCAGAAACGCAGAGCCCGUGCCUCUCCUGUUCGAGACACCAAUGCUGCCACACACCUCAUCAGACAUGCUCUUGGCACAGGGGAGUAUGGAGAACUGUGUCAGGAGAGACUGGCGUCUAUGCUCGCUCUGCCAGAGGACCUGGCUCGAAUGUACAGAGACGAUAUCACAGCUACUGUGGUGUAUCUGAACUCUGACCUGGCCAAACCUCACUAUAGCUAACAAAAGCUUAUUCACAACUAGGGAUGCAGCGAUUAAGUGAUUUCACUAUUAACUGCGCUUUAAAACGUCAGAGUUUUGUAACGGUAAAGGCUCAGCUAUUCCAAGUGUUUUUAUUCUCACUCUCAGAAAGGGACAUUAUGCAAUGUUCACUAGACAGUUAUGUGCAUAGUUACAACUGGCAGACUACCUGAUGCACCAGCUUAAAAUACCAUGCUACAACACAUUUAUUUAUGCAAAGUUACAAAUGUUUUCAUGAGAGUGACUAGCUAGUUAGCAGCUAGUUAGCUAAAGGAGACGAGAAGUGUUCUGGCAGUGGCUGAGGGACUCAACAUUGAAGCGUUAUGUUCACCAAAACGCUUUAAAUCAUCAGUGUGCAAGUACUUUGGAUACAUAAAGAAUGGCCAGGGGCUUGUUCAAGAUGACAGUCGAAUUUGUAAAAUUUGCCAAAGAAAAGUCCCUGCUAAAGGAUCCAACAUCUCAAACCCUACACUGCCAUAUUUGUACUAUACUGCUCAAGUGAAGGAAAUACACUAUGUAAUAGCUAACUAAGAAAAUAAUUAUAUUUGUGGCAAGUUACUUAAUAAAACACUGAGUUGGCAGGGACUUAAAUAUAAAUGUGUCACUUUCAAUCAACAAAGUAGUGGUGAGUUAAGAGUUGAGCUUUCAGUAAAGGGUUGAAACGACAGGGAAAUGAUCGAGGCAAUUUUUCUUGAAUCAAAGCUUAAUUUAAUUCAUUUCAUUCGCAUUAUAUAACAUGCUCUGCUUGUGUUUUACAUGGAUGGUUAUUACUGACGCCCAUGCGUCACUCGCUACGUCGCGAUUGACACAGAGAGUUAUAACUGGAAAGUGCUUGCAGCAUCUAGUCGGGGGCGACACGGGGCCAUCGGUUUUCUAUCGCUUAUUUGCACGUCAUGUCUUCUUUUUAUAAUGUCACCGUCUGGAUCAUGAACCUUGUUGUUCUAGUUAGUGAACUAGCAGCUUCAACCUGCUGAGAUCUCACAGUCAGAAGUGGGAGAUGAAGAGAAGAGCAGGGAGGUUGACCUCUGGUCUCUACACUUAAAGCCUGAGGCAGGAGGAGCAGGGGAAUCUAGUGCACUUCAUUUGUACGGUAGCUUAAUGAUGCAAAAAUUCAAAUCAGCCAAACUAAAAGUAUGUAAGUUCAUAUAUUUGUUUCAGAAGGUACUGAAGUGAAAUGCACUAAAUGGGUUUAAUUUUAAUUUUAUAAAGGAAUGCCCAGGAAUAAAACCCAAUUGAAAUUAAUGGCAUGCCAUUUUGGUGAGGGUUCAUUUCUAAACAGUGCAAUGCUCCUUUUCCUGCUUUGUUGCAAUCAUUUACAUCCAUACAUACAUUUUAAAAAAUCACAACAUAAAGAAACAACAUUUCCUCAGGCCGCAUCUAAAAUUUGAUUAAUUAUUAACAUAGAUUAUUUAAAAUGCAUUUAAAAAAGGCAUGGAUAACAGUUUAUAAUAAAAACACUUAAGUUCAUUACCUACAUUAGUUAUAUUUUCCCCUGGGGGAUCAAUACAGUUCAUCUUAAUUUUCUAUUUAUGAUAAUAAUUUUAUUAAGUAUAUUUUAUGUAUUAGAAAUCAACUAAAGUGAUUACUACAACAUCCAAUCAUAGUUCAUUUUUUCAUGGUUUACUUAUUUUUAUUUUUCUUAUUCACUUUUAGCCUAAGACUACCUCUGCUACUGCUGCAGUAUUCAUCUGUAGUAUUGUGAAAUAAAAACAGAUUAUAAUCGCAUCAUCUAAAUCAAUAAUCGUUGCAUCCCUAUUCACAAUGCUGGACAGCAGUUCUGUCCAGAUCAUAGUCAACAUCUCUUCCAGUAGCUGUUUUCUGGAUAUUUUUACAGACAUUUGGUGAUUAUUAAAACCUGUUACAACAAAUUUACACUUAUUUGUAAAUGAAAGGACAGUUUUCAGUAUUGCACUUUGUACCGGCUUUUUUAUUAUUAAUUUCACUUCAUACAGGUCAUAUAUUCAUAAUUGUAGGAUUUAUCAGAUUAUAUGAAGAAGUGGUCUCACUACCAGCAAAAGAGCACAUGGUGCAGUGUAUUCCUGAGCUGCAUGUUAAAAGUGAAAUUCAUGCACAAGUUGCACACAUUCAGUUUGUUCUUUGUCUGCAUUUUUGUUUUCAUUUUUCUUGCAAUAUCACAUUCAUCUGUGGCAUCUUUUUCUGUUUACUUAGCAGAUUAUUUUACUCAUGUACACUGUGAAGUAUUAUUUUAAUGUCAUGUAAAUGUGCUGUCUUUUUUGUGAUCAUAACAUAUUUAAACUGGCACUUCACUCACUGGAAUAAAGAUGCAA